AUGGCUCGACUGAAUACGUCCGCAGGCGUCUCCAAGCUAGCCGUAGAGGCUCACGUCAAAUACGUGCAAAGCCUGGACACAAAGAAGGACGAGUUGGACUACUGGCUGACUGAACAUCUACGUCUGAACGGUGUGUAUUGGGGCAUGACGGCCAUUCACCUCCUCGGCAAACCCGACGCCCUUCCCCGCCAGGAAACGAUCGAUUUUGUGCUGUCAUGCCAGCAUGGCACUGGUGGAUUCGGCGCUGCUCCGGGGCAUGAUGCCCACAUCCUGUCCACAGUUAGUGCUGUGCAGGUUUUGGCCAUGGUUGACGCAUUGGAUGAGCUUGACACUCGAGGACCUGGAAGAGCCCGGGUGGCCAAGUACAUUGCGGAUCUCCAAGACCCGCUCACGGGAAGCUUCUACGGGGACGAAUGGGGCGAAGAAGACACUCGCUUCCUCUAUGCCGGAUUGAACGCGCUGUCACUCCUCGGAUCGUUAUCCUUGGUUGACCUGAACAAAGCAGUUGCCCAUAUCCAGAGUUGCGAGAAUUUCGAUGGUGGUUAUGGGGUCAAACCUGGUGCGGAGUCGCAUUCUGGUCAGAUCUUCACGUGUUUAGCUGCUUUAAGUAUUGCUGGCGCUCUGGACACCGUGGAUCAUGAAAAACUAGCCGGGUGGCUUAGUGAGAGACAAACGCCUGGCGGUGGUCUUAAUGGCCGGCCCGAGAAAGCAGAGGAUGUCUGCUACAGUUGGUGGGUGCUUGCCAGCCUGGCUAUUCUCGGUCGCACCCACUGGAUUGAUCGUGACUCCCUUGCUUCCUUCAUCCUGAGUAGCCAAGAUACUCAACAUGGCGGGCUAGCCGAUCGUCCUGGCGAUAUGGUGGACGUGUGGCAUACGUGCUUCGGGUUGGCAGGUCUCAGCCUGUUGCAGCACCCGGACAUGGUUCCAAUCGACCCGGUCUACUGCAUGCCUACGUCAAUCGUUGAAAAAUAUGUGCAACCAAGGGCGUGA